CUCUCUCUCUAUCACUUUCUCUCUCUACCCUUCUUUCUCUCUCUACCUUCUUCCCAAAAACCACUCUCUUGUGUAGAAGUAGGUAAAAAGCAAAGAACCCUCUUUCAUUUUUCUCUGAUUUUUCACAUUAACAUAACUACUGUUCCUUCCUCAUCUCACCUAAUCCAAUAAUCGAGAAAAAACUGCGAGAAAAUCACUUAGAAAGUGACAGAAAAUUCCACCCAAGAAAGGAAGGGUCAUCAUUUCAUCAUACAUACCCUUAUACCCUUUUGUGUUAUUCUCAAAAGGGUAUUAACAAGUUUGGAUUUUUAUUGAUGUGAAGGGUGAAUCUGAUGUUAACAUUGAGUACUAAGUAGUGAAAGUCUGUAGCUUUUUUAUUAGAUCUCAGUGAUUUUGGUUUUGUUGAUGUUGGUGUUGGAGCUUGGUUUUGGAUCUCUUUGAUGGGUUGAUUCAUUAGGGAACAAAGAUUUGUUUUUUUUGGUGUUUGGAAAUUUUAAGGAUGUUUUGAAUGUUGUCUUUUUGAGGUUGAUGGUUUUUGAAAUUAGUGGCAAUGACAAUGUUGGUUCAUCAGUGAAAUUGUGGAAAUGUCUGCUUCUUUAGCUGCUUUUGAGAGACCUAGGCCUGGGGCUUCUAAUACGGUUUUCAAAAGUGGCCCACUUUUCAUAUCUUCAAAAGGAAUUGGCUGGAAGUCCUGGAAGAAGCGGUGGUUUAUACUUACGCGCACAUCAUUGGUUUUCUUCAAAAAUGAUCCUAGUGCCCUUCCACAGAGAGGUGGGGAAGUAAACCUGACAUUAGGCGGUAUUGACUUAAACAACUCAGGGAGUGUUGUUGUUAGAGAAGACAAAAAGCUGCUCACAGUAUUAUUUCCAGAUGGGCGCGAUGGUCGAGCGUUCACCCUUAAGGCGGAGACGUCAGAAGACUUGUUCGAAUGGAAAACAGCUCUUGAACAAGCCCUUGCACAAGCACCAAGUGCCGCCCUUGUUAUGGGACACAAUGGGAUUUUCAGGAAUGAUACAACCGAUUCCAUCGAAGGGUCUUUCCAUCAAUGGAGAGACAAGCGUCCUGUUAAGUCGUUGGUUGUUGGAAGACCGAUUCUGUUAGCAUUGGAAGAUAUUGACGGAGGUCCAUCUUUCCUUGAAAAAGCUCUUCGGUUUCUAGAGAAAUAUGGUAAGAGUGAAAAAAAGAGCUCCCAGUACAUGAUGAUCAUACUGCAAUCGACAAACACUGUUAAAUGCAAGAAACAUGUUUUUGCAGGAACUAAAAUUGAAGGAAUACUGCGGCAGUCUGCAGACGUUGAGGAAGUAGAUCGAAGAGUUCAAGAAUAUGAGCAAGGAAAGGUCGAGUUUGAUGCAGAUGAAGAUGCCCAUGUUGUUGGUGACUGUGUUAAGCAUGUUCUAAGGGAACUUCCCUCUUCUCCAGUUCCAGCUUCAUGCUGCACUGCUUUGUUGGAGGCUUAUAAAAUUGAUCGCAAGGAAGCUAGGAUUAAUGCAAUGCGCUGUGCUAUAUUGGAGACCUUUCCAGAGCCAAAUCGACGUUUGUUACAAAGAAUUUUGAAGAUGAUGCACACGAUUGCUUCUCAUUCUAAUGAGAAUAGGAUGACUGCUUCUGCUGUUGCUGCAUGCAUGGCACCCUUGCUCUUACGGCCUCUGUUAGCUGGAGAAUGUGAAUUGGAGGACGAGUUUGAUGCUAGUGGUGAUAGUUCCGCUCAGCUUCUUGCUGCCGCUAAUGCCGCAAAUAACGCUCAAGCAAUUAUUACCACUUUGUUGGAGGAGUACGAAAAUGUAUUUGAUGAAGAAAAUAUACAGAGAUGUUCCAUUUCAGCUGAUUCUCGAGUUGAAAACAGCGGGACUGAAGAUUCGACCGAUGAUGAUAAUAUAGAUGUGAAAGAAAAUGGUUACCAUGAUGCAGAGAAUGAAAAUGAUCAAGAGACAGAUGAUGAUGCUGACCGUGUUCACAGUGGAAAAUUAAGCGAAAGUAGUGGUUAUGCUGGCAGCGAUCUUUAUGAUUACAAGGCAUUUGGAGGAGAUGAUUCCGACGUUGGAUCAUCGACUAGUAAUCAUGCGAAGGCUGAAAAUUCAAAUCUAAAUGCUGUUCCUGAUAUCCAUCUCUCUGAGGAUAAAAGCAAGCAAAGAAAGGGCAAUGAGAACUCAGUUGAUGAGAUGGAUCCGCCAAUUGUGUUGCCUUCCACUGAAUCUUACCGUUCCAUGGGUGAGAUUUUAUCUUCAAUGGACCCCGGCAACCAUUUACCUGUGAUUGAGACGCAAUCAGGUUCGGGAAAGCAAACUAGUAAAGCUAGUGGUGGCACUAGCUUCAGUAGUACUAAGCGGUCUUCGUUCUGGGGAAGGAGCAAUCCAAGGAAGUCACCGUCAGUGGAAUCAGUUGAUUCUUCUGGAGAAGAGGAGCUUGCUAUUCAGAGGCUAGAGAUUGCGAAAAAUGAUUUGCAACACAGAAUUGCAAAGGAGGCAAGAGGCAAUGCAAUUUUACAAGCAAGCUUAGAGAGAAGGAAACAAGCUCUUCAUGAACGGCGCUUGGCACUUGAGCAAGAUGUUUCAAGAUUGCAAGAACAGUUGCAAGCUGAGAGAGAUCUUAGAGCUGCAUUAGAGGUUGGUUUGAGUAUGUCUUCGGGACAAAUUUCCAAUUCACGUGGCAUGGAUUCAAAGACAAAGGCCGAGCUAGAAGAGAUUGCACUUGCUGAAGCUGAUGUGGCUAGGUUGAAGCAAAAGGUUGCGGAACUUCACCAUCAACUUAAUCAGCAAAGACAGCAUCACUAUGGCUCGCUUACUGAUGUGGGCAGUGAUCGAUACCAGCAUGCCCAAAAUCUUCCUCAGCCGAGAUUUCUUCAGCAAGAUUUUGAUUCAACCCUUGCCUUCGUUAAUCAUGAAAGGAAACAAAGGACUGAGGCAAAAUUUGGCUUUUCAUUUCAUCAGGAGAGUGUUCUUGGUAAUGAUUGGAGAAAUAUCAAAGGACAAGUAUUGGCUUCUGGUAAUGGUAGUAGGCAACCAUCUCGGAAGCCGUUUAUAGAUUCAAGUCCUAGUGAUUCGAAAAGCACUGAGGCAUCGACAAGCAUGUCUGUAGAUGAGCUCGGUGUUGUUGAUUCCGGCUCAGUGCCUUCCACAUCAAGGGCAGCAGAGGUGGGAGAAUAUGGUAGACAUCCAUCUGUAGCAUCUUCAACAUUAGUAGAGUUAACGACCCGUCUUGAUUUUUUCAAGGAAAGGCGUUCACAGUUGAUGGAACAGCUUCAUAACCUUGACUUGAACUAUGGUUCUACAACUUCACAAGACAUGGUCUACAAACCAACAUCACCAUCAUGGAGUUAACUGGCUAAAUAACAACAUAAUAAUAAUCCUUGGUGAAGAAUUUUGUAUAUCCUUUGACUCAUUGCAUAUAUAUAUUUGUAUCCUUAUCCUUUGUGGUCCAUGUAUUGCUUCAUUUUCUUUGUUCCUAUGAAAUUUAUUUUCUCUUUUGGUAGUGAAAGUUUGUUGUUGGAGUUGAAAUGAAAAGCUUUCAUUUUGGUCACACUAGUUUUUGUUUGUUUCUUUAGGGGAAGUUUGUGGUGUAAUUAUAUGUUAUGUCAAUAGAUAGAUUGGAGAAUUUUGCUGUUGAACAAAACAACUUCAAAUGAGGAAAUAUUGGUAACCUUUUUGUCAAA